AUGGAGAGUUCUCUCAAGCUCCUUGGCGACGCUCAUUUGAACAACGGAACCGUCAGCCUCACGCGCGACCUUCCUGUCCCCAGCUCCGGCUUCGGCAGAGCCUUAUAUUCUCGUCCGGUCAGAUUCCGCCAAUCGAAAAACCAUUCUCCGGCCAGCUUCCGAACCUUCUUCUCAUUUUCUGUAACCAAUCUCAACCCUUCAUCAAUUGGCGGCGGCCUCGCAUUUGUCCUCUCGCCGGACAAUGAUUCCCUCGGCGACGCCGGUGGAAGUCUCGGCCUCGCUGCCGCUGCCACGAAGUUCGUCGCCGUUGAAUUUGACAUGUUAAUGGGCACUGAGUUCAAGGACAUUAACGGUAACCACGUCGGCGUGGACUUAAAUAGCAUGGUUUCGGCGAAGGUUUUCGACUUGGGAUUCAUCAAUGUCGAUCUCAAAAGCGGUGACACGGUGAACGCAUGGAUCGAGUUCGAUGGAUCAACAACGGUUUUAACGGUUUGGGUCUCGUACUUAAAUCUAAAACCGAAAGACCCCAUUUUGACCAUGAAUCUUGACGCCAAUCGAUACUUCAACGAUUUUAUGUAUAUAGUGUUUUCUGGUUCUACACAAGGAAGCACCGAGAUUCACAGCGUUGAAUGGUGGAGCUUUAGCUCUUUCUUUCCGUCGUUGUUGGCGGUGGAGAUAAUGGAAGGGGCGGUGCGCUUGGGACGGCAAAGGAAGGGGAGGAAGAGAACCUGGAAGAGGAGGCGACUUUUAACAAUUAAGUGA